AGAGGAUCGACUCUACUUGGCUCUUAUAGAAAAACAGAGUGAUCAACCAAAGUUUUGACACUAUUAACCAGCUAGAAGCAUUAGAGAAGCAAACAAUGGUUGAUGAUAUCUUCCUCAAAACUCACACAAUUUGAAACAAGUUGCUCAGAAUGAACAAAAGCCCACAUAAAACCACGUCACCAAUCACGGAUAUCCUGAAGGAGCUAGAUCAGAAGAAGAAGCAGUUGGCUCACAAGCAGAAGACACAGCUUACUCCUGACCAGAAGGAGGGGCCACCCUUGACACUUAACUUUGAAGAAAAAAAUCAUCCCUAAUGAGGUCCAAAAAGGUGCCACUUCAAGAAUGGUUGGCUCAUUUGCUGCGCUAGAAAAACCAACAAAGGCAGCCGAGCCAAAGGUUGAAGAAGUGAAAUCUCCUGAGCAGAUCAAGCUCGAACAAAGGGUUAACAAAGAACAUGAACGGAAAUAGACUCCAAAUGAUGCUCAUUAACGAGGCUAACUCCUUUUCUAUCUAUAAGAAGAAUGGAAAACUGAUCAAACCGAGUAAGCCUCAGAUCAACGAACGCUUGCAGAAGUUCUUGGACGAAAUCCAUCGUGAGAAAGGAAUGAAAUAAAACCCAGAGGUCGAAGCAGAGUGUAUCCCUGUCUAACAAGAAGUCUGCCAAACCUGUCCUUUACGACUCAAGUUUGAUGAUAGCUCCCAUCAACAGUAGUGAUUUAGAUUCUGGGUUGAAGAGCACCUCUUCAGUCGUUAACAAAGGGAAAUGAUUUUUCUCUAAUGGUAAAAAGACCAACAAAUCAAAUUUACCUUCUCUUAAGAAUGAGCUAUACCAGCUCUACGCUAAGAAAGACAAGACUGUGAAUAAAGAGAACGAAGGGAAAAGCCAGAAACCCAAGCAUCAGACUUUGUCCCCUUUGCCUAAGAGCUUCAUCGUGAGCAGAUUCUACAACAUCCAGCCUAAACUCCUUCAUGAUCACAAGCAAUUUAAAUCAGGGUGCAAGACUGGGAUGGGAAUUUACGGAGCAUCCUCAGCAGUCUCAAGCCAUAAUAGUCUCAAGAAUUCUCCAAACCUCAGUUUAAGCUAUUCCAGAGGGUUCUCAGAGUACAAGGAAGGAAGAACCUCAUUUUACAACAAAAUCAAGGAAAGUUAUCCACUGAAAACCCGAUUCAGGAGGAAUAUCAAAUAAGUUUCAAAACCUUGUUGGAAAACUCAACUCUCACGAGAGCUAUAUGAAGAGGAAAUAGAACUCCCAAAAUGAUAGGUGACUUCAUCCACAAGGAAGAAAUCAGGCAAUCAACCUUCAAAGAGGUCGUCAAUUUAGUAAACGAGCUUGGACAUCUCAAGACCAGCAGCUUUGCCCUUAUGGGCAAAUAUUUCAGCCAAAAGCACGAAGAUAUUGAAUUAAGAAACAAUAUCAUCCAGGAGUAUAAAAAGGGGAUGACUGACCCUAGCAGGAGUGCUGCCCUGCAUGAGAAGCAGAUCGCCAUCAAAAAAGAUAUCGUAAAACAGAAGUACCAGAUUAUCAAGUAGAAAUCUACCAGCUGUUUCAC